AUGGCCCCGGGGAUGCCGGGCCGCGGCGGCGCCGCCCUGCUCUGCCUCUCGGCGCUGCUCGCCCACGCCUCCAGCCGCUCCCACCCGGCCAGUCCCAGUCCCCCGGGCCCACAGGCCAGCCCGGUGCUGCCGGUCAGCUACCGACUGUCGCACACACGGCUGGCCUUCUUCCUGCGGGAGACCAGGCCCCCGACGACGACGCCUGCGGUGGCCAACGGCUCGCUGCACCGCUCGGAGCCCUUCGUGGUGUUCCAGACCAAGGAGCUGCCGGUGCUCAACGUCACCCUGGGUCCCUUUAGCACCAGCCAAGUGGUGGCGCAGGAGCUGCUGCAGCCGUCCAGCACGCUGGACAUCCCCGAGCGCCUGACGGUCAACUGGAAGGUGCGUGCCUUCAUGGUGCGCGCGCGCGUGCCCGCCUCGCAGCCCGUGGCGCAGGUGCUCUUCUACGUGGCCGGCCGCGACUGGGACGACUUCGGGGUCUCCGAGCGGCUGCCCUGCGUCCGCCUGCACGCCUUCCGCGACGCGCGCGAGGUCAAGAGCUCGUGCCGCCUGGGCGGCAGCCUGGCCACGUGCCUCGUGCGCGCCGAGCUGCCCCUGGCGUGGUUCGGCCCUCCGGCUCCGCCCGCCCCGCCCACUGCCCGUCGCAAGUCCCCGGAUGGGCUGGAGCCCGAGGCCGCCGGCGAGAACCAGCAGCAGCUGGUGGAGCUCUACUACACGCUGCACGCCCCCGACGCGGCCGGGGGCUGCGGGAGCGCGCGGCGGGGCUCCGGGCCCGGCGCGGGCGCGCGCGCCGAGAGCCCCACGCAGCACCCGCUGCUGAGGAUCGGCAGCAUCAGCCUGUACAGGCCGCCGCCGCGGAGAGACGUGCAGGAGCACAGGCUCGACAGCAACCUCAUGAUCCGCCUGCCCGACCGGCCGCUCAAGCCCGGGGAGGUGCUCAGCAUCCUCCUCUACCUGGCCCCCAACACGUCCUCCGCAACCAGCCCCAGUGUGGAGCACUUCACACUCAGGGUGAAGGCCAAGAAAGGUGUGACUCUCCUAGGCACCAAAUCACGAAGUGGCCAGUGGCACGUGACCUCAGAGCUAUUGACUGGGGCAAAACACUCAACAGCCACUGUGGAUGUGGCCUGGGCUCAGAGUACACCCUUGCCCCCUUGGGAGGGCCAGGGCCCCCUGGAGAUCCUGCAGCUGGACUUCGAGAUGGAGAACUUCACCAGCCAGUCGGUGAAGCGGAGGAUCAUGUGGCAUAUUGACUACCGUGGCCAUGGCGCCCUGCCUGAUCUGGAGCGUGCCGUCACUGAACUAACGGUCAUCCAGCGGGAUGUGCAGGCCAUCCUGCCCCUGGCUAUGGACACAGAGAUCAUCAACACCGCCAUCCUGACGGGCAGGACAGUGGCCAUCCCUGUCAAGGUCCUCGCCAUCGAGGUGACUGGCCUCAUCCUAGAUGUCUCCGCCCUAGUGGAGUGCAAGUCGGACAAUGAAGACAUUAUCAAGGUGUCCAGAAGCUGUGACUAUGUGUUUGUGAGUGGGAAGGAGUCUCGAGGGUCCAUGAACGCCAGGGUCACUUUCCGCUAUGACCUCCUCAGUGCUGCCCUGGAAAUGACCGUCUGGGUGCCUAAGCUGCCUCUGCACAUUGAACUCUCCGAUGCUCGCCUCAGCCAAGUGAAAGGCUGGAGGGUGCCCAUCCUUCCUGACCGCAGAGCAGCCCGGGAGAGUGAGGAUGAGGAUGAGGAAGAGGAGGAACGGAGGCAGAGUGCCAGCCGAGGGUGCACCCUGCAGUACCAGCAUGCCACCCUACAGGUCUUCACUCAGUUCCACACAACAUCAUCUGAGGGCACUGACCAGGUGGUCACCAUGCUGGGCCCCGACUGGCUGGUGGAGGUCACUGACCUGGUCAGUGACUUCAUGCGGGUGGGAGACCCUAGAGUGGCACAUCUAGUGGACAGCAGCACGCUGGCCGGCUUGGAGCCGGGCACCACCCCCUUUAAGGUGGUGUCCCCGCUCACAGAGGCCGUACUGGGGGAGACGCUGCUCACGGUGACUGAGGAGAAGGUCAGCAUCACACAACUGCGAGCCCAGGUGGUCGCCAGCCUGGCCCUGGCCCUGAGGCCCAGCCCUGGAAGCAGCCACACCAUCCUGGCCACCACCACCGCCCAGCCGACCCUCAGCUUCCUCAAGCAGGAAGCUCUGCUCAGUCUCUGGCUCUCCUACAGCGAUGGCACCACGGCGCCCCUCUCUCUGUACAGCCCUCGGGACUACGGGCUGCUGGUGAGCAGUCUGGAUGAGCGGGUGGCCACAGUGACCCAGGACAAGGCCUUCCCACUGGUGAUGGCCGAGGCCGAGGGGUCGGGGGAGCUGCUCCGGGCCGAGCUCACCAUCUCGGAAGGCUGUCAGAAGACCAAGCGCAAGAGCGUGCUGGCCACCACCCCCGUGAGCCUGCGGGUCCACCUCGGGAGGGACGAGGAGGACCCCACUUACGACUAUCCAGGGCCCAGCCAGCCAGGGCCCGCAGGCGGCGAGGACGAGGCCCGGGGAGCUGGCCCACCGGGCACUGCGUUCCCUGGCUCGGGGGCUGGCCCAGGUACCACUGGCCCGGUGGUGCCACCCACAGAGGACUUCCUGCCGCUGCCCACAGGUUUCCUGCAGAUGCCCCGGGGGCUGACGGAUCUGGAGAUCGGGAUGUACGCGUUGUUGGGCGUCUUCUGCCUCGCCAUCCUCGUCUUCCUCAUCAACUGCAUCGUGUUUGUGCUGCGCUACCGGCACAAGCGCAUCCCGCCCGAGGGCCAGACCAGCAUGGACCACUCUCAUCACUGGGUGUUCUUGGGCAACGGGCAGCCUCUGCGGGUGCAGGGUGAGCUCUCGCCGCCCGCCGGCAACGCCCUAGAAACCGUGCCAGCCUGCUGCCACGGCGACCACCACAGCAGCGGCAGCUCACAGACCAGUGUCCAAAGCCAAGUGCACGGGCGCGGGGACGGCUCUUCGGGCGGCUCGGCCCGGGACCAGGCCGAGGACCCUGCCAGCUCACCCACCUCCAAGCGCAAGAGGGUCAAAUUCACGACUUUCACCACGCUGCCCUCGGAGGAACUGGCCUAUGACUCCGUGCCUGCUGGCGAAGAGGACGAGGAGGAGGAAGAGGACCUGGGUUGGGGAUGCCCGGAUGUGGCGGGCACCACGCGGCCCACUCCACCCCCGGAACUGCACAAUUAUAUGCGCAGAAUCAAAGAGAUUGCAUAGAGGCACUCUUGGGGUGGCAGGAAGCCCACGCCCCCCCAAAAAAAAAACACACACGGUCUGCUGGGCCAGGAACCCCAGCUCACACAGACGCAGGGCGGCUGGAUGGAUUUUAUAGCCUUUAUCUCUGCAACCACCUCCUGGUCUACCCCUUCGGGCAGCCCACCAUGACCCUCUCCUGCCCCCUGCAGGUAGAGAGCUCCUUCCAACCACUGCUUAGAGGAGGAAGGGAGUCCCUGCCUCUAGCUCCACCCUUUCUCAGAACCUCACCCCAUUUUAGACACCCCCCAAUCCCAGCCCCAAGAGUGAGGCUUCAAGGCCAAGCUUGGGAUUGAGGGACCACACUGUGCCCUGCCCUGCCUCCCACAUCUACAGUCCCCCCCUGUGCAGGGGACCCGAGGGGUCUUGUGUCACAGGCUGCACAAAGACUUUUCUUAAACCAAUAUUCAGGGAUUUCUUUCCUGCAGGGUGGGAGGUGGUGGCUGCCUGCCUUGCCAAGGAUUUUGCUGCGAACAAAAACAUUUUGGGGUGGGUGGAGGUUGUCGUGUCUGCUGGCUCUCAGGUGCCUCUCGAGCUUGGAGCUGACUGCAGAGGGCCUGAUGCCCAAUGGAGCACUUUCUGGAGCCUCCCGGGAACUCCCUGUGCCAGAAGGCCUGCGGCAGGGCCCACAUGGGAGACGUCCCCGGCUCUGUGGCCAAGCUGCGCGGCAGUGAGCAAGCGCAGUGGGCGCUCUGUAGCCUGCCUCCGCGGCCAGGCCCACACUACUGCGCCUUAGCGGGGCCUGCUCACCCCUGCUUCCCAUGUGCAGCUGGGAGGGCAGCAGCCUCCUCCAGAGUCCCUAAGGUGGGAGGGGGGGCACUGGGCAGUGUUGCCAGGGUCCAUGAGAUGGGUGAAGGCAGAAGGAAACUGACACCCCUACUUCCCCAUCCCAUGGGCCACUUCCUCUUGGGUUCUACCCACCACUGUGUCCGUUUUUCUUAAAUAAAUGAAGGGCAUCAGCCUGGGGUGGGGGCUGCAGCUCCCAGCAAACAGUA